AUGACUUCUGCCGGCCCCAGUGCGAGUGAAAGCCCACAGCAUAACGCUGCCGACGCCGCCGCCAGGUUAAUACAGAGUCCCGAUGAGUUGGUUGCAGCCCUCCGGGCUACAAAUACGUCUCCUCUCUGGGCCCAGAUGCAGCGAUUGAACCCACCUGCCCCAAACCCACAGACGACCCCUCAUGUUUGGAAAUAUGACGAAAUGAGACCUUGCCUUGUCAAAGCAGGGGAACUAAUCACGGAGAAACAAGCUGAGCGCCGUGUCCUGAUGCUGGGCAAUCCUGCAAGAGAGGCGCCUUAUACCACGGACACCCUGUAUGCUGGUCUUCAGCUAGUACAGCCCAAGGAAACAGCACCUGCCCAUCGGCAUACCGCAUUUGCCUGCAGAUUUAUCAUUGAAGGCACCGGAGGCUUUACGGCAGUCCAUGGUAAAAGAGUGCCAAUGAGGCCUCGCGACGUCAUCGUCACUCCCACCUGGAACUGGCAUGAUCAUGGUAAGAAAGCGGCCAAUGAGGAAGGUGGGGAUGACCAACCCGUCAUCUGGCUUGACGGACUUGACCUUCCCAGUUUCAUCCACUUCCCUGUACACUUUGUGGAGCACUAUUCUUCCGCACGAUACCCAGCCGAGGAUUUUGCAGAGUCCGACAUUGUCUAUCCGUGGGACAAGAUGCAGUUACAACUGGAUGCGACCACCGAGGGUUGGGUCUCCAGACCCUACUUGAAGCGAGAUGGAGCCGAGAUUGGUAAAACUAUCGGAGCCUCUGCAGAGAGACUAUCGCCUUGCGCCACCUCUCCUGAGAUCCGGGAGACUAGCUCUGCAGUCUAUCACGUCAUCGAAGGGUCGGGUUCGACCAAGGUUGGCAACUCUGUGCUCAAGUGGAAGCAGGGUGAUACGUUUUGCGUCCCAGCCUGGCACAGGUACCAACACCAAGCUGGAGCAGAGGGGCGGGUCUAUCUGUAUAGAUUUGAUGAUAAGCCUAUGCUCAAGGCUUUGGGUUUUUACAGAGUGGAGGGAGUUGACGUCGAGACUUAUGUAUCAGAGUAA